UCUAAUAUGGUAAUUUUGUCAUCUUGUUUUACAACCAAACCGUUCCCCCAAAUUUCAUUUCCGAAUCCCUAUUUCCCUCUGCAAAACCUAACCCUAUCUUCAAUACAAGAAUUCUUUCUCAACCUCAACCUCAACCUCAAUCCUCUCUCUCGUCGACACAUUUCCUUUGCACUAAUUCAUUCGCUCUGCAAACUCGGUGACCAAAGCCCAAAGGGACUCGGACGUUGCGGAGAUGUCUUCCAACAGCUUAUGGGUCGGAAACUUGUCCAUGGAUGUCACCGAUGCGGAUCUCAUGAAUUUGUUUGCGCAGUUUGGUGCGCUUGAUAGUGUUACUUCCUAUUCCUCCAGGAGCUUCGCUUUCAUCUACUUCAAGCAUAUGGAGGAUGCCCAAGCGGCUAAGGAUGCUCUUCAGGGUUAUUUUCUGCGUGGGAGUUCUAUCAAGAUCGAGUUUGCGAGACCGGCCAAACCUUGUAGGAAUUUGUGGGUGGGUGGUAUUAGCCCAGCUGUUUCAAGGGAGCAACUCGAAGAGGAAUUUUCCAAAUUUGGUAAAAUUGAUGAAUUUAAGUUUUUGCGAGAUAGGAAUACAGCAUUUAUUGAGUAUGUUCGAUUGGAAGAUGCAUCACAAGCUUUGAGAAUUAUGAAUGGAAAACGCAUUGGUGGAGACCAGAUUCGAGUUGAUUUUCUUCGGUCACAGCCAAUGAGAAGAGAUCAGUGGCCUGACACCAGAGAUGGGCAUGGACAGCUUCAGGGUAGAAAUGUGGGGAUGGGAGAUUUCCAAUCUGGUUAUAAAAGACCACUGCAUGCUCAAUCUUCAGAGUUGCGUAGAGAUGGACCUCCCAGUAAGGUUUUGUGGAUUGGUUAUCCUCCAUCUGUUCAAAUUGAUGAGCAAAUGCUCCACAAUGCGAUGAUUUUAUUUGGUGAGAUAGACAGAAUUACAAGUUUCCAUUCUAGGCAUUUUGCAUUUGUAGAAUUUAGAAGUGUUGAUGAAGCACGGCGUGCGAAGGAGGGUCUACAAGGACGGCUUUUUAAUGAUCCUCGGAUUACUAUUAUGUUUUCAAACAGUGAUCCGGCACCUGUGAAAGAGAACCUUGGCUUUUAUCCUGGUGGUAAAGAGACUAGGCCUGAUAUGUUUUUCAAUGAGCAUCAAAUCCGUCCUCCACAAAUGGACUUGUUGGGACAUCCUCACCCAAUGGUGCAAAAUAAGUUUCCUGGACCACUGCCAUCUAGUGGCAUUCUUGGACAAAAUACGGCAGUAAGACCACCGCCCUUUGGUCCUCCACAGGGUAUCUCAGGCCCCCCAGAAUUUAAUGACUUGGUGACAUCUCAUAGUUUUCAGGAUGCAAAUUCAAAAAAUAUGAUUGGUUCAAAUUGGAGAAGGCAAUCUCCUCCGACACCAGGGAUACUUUCUUCUCCAGCUACUGGUAUUCGUCCACCUCCACCGGUCAGGUCCACUCCAAGUACGUGGGAUGCUUUGGAUGUAAAUCAAUUCCAUAGGGAUUCUAAACGUUCAAGGAUAGAUGGUCCAACAUCCUUAGAUGAUGCUGCUUUUCCUCCAAGAAAAAUGGAUAACCGGAGCAUGGGUUUUGAUCAGCAAUAUGGGGUUCGUCCAAUAAGUGAUGGAGGUUCUUCUCUUCCAUAUGCCAAUGCUCCAGCAAAGACUCCUGCUAUACCUAUAGUUGCAAGGGCUCCAGUUAGUGGUCGUGGCCAGAGCCAUGCUGAAAAUGAUUUUGUAUGGCGUGGAAUAAUUGCCAAGGGAGGAACGCCUGUUUGUCAUGCUCGUUGUGUUCCAAUAGGCGAAGGAAUAGGAAGUGAGCUUCCUGAAGUAGUCAAUUGUUCAGCAAGAACUGGGCUGGAUCAGCUCACUAAACAUUAUGCUGAGGCCACUGGAUUCGACAUCGUCUUUUUCUUGCCAGAUAGCGAGGAUGAUUUUGCAUCCUAUACCGAAUUCCUGCGUUAUCUAGGUGCAAAAGAUCGUGCAGGUGUUGCUAAGUUUGAUGAUGGAACUACAAUGUUUUUGGUUCCUCCUUCAGAGUUUUUGAGAAAAGUCUUGAAAGUUUCUGGUCCAGAACGGCUUUAUGGUCUUGUUCUCAAAUUUCCUCAGGUGUCUAUUAGUGAACCUACUCACCAACAAUCAUAUCUGCCCAUGCCUACAUCUGACUAUGGUGAGAGACAGCUGGUUUUGUCUUCACAAACUGAAUAUGGGUCAGUGCCUUCAAAGCAGGAGCAACUUCCGAUGGAUUAUAAUAGGGUUUUGCAUGAUGAAAUUAAGGAGCCCCCAAAAACACUUCUGCCAGCAAGUGAGCCAUCAGCAGUUCAGCCCUUGCCUCAAGAAUAUGUUGCUAAUAAUAAUACGGCUGCAAUCUCACAAGCUGGGUUAACAUUAACACCCGAGCUUAUUGCUACCUUGGUUUCGUUACUGCCUGGUAAGUCACAGUCAUCUAGUUUAGAAAGUGCCAAACAACCGGCAGCCUCACCACAACCUCCAGUUACUCCUGUUGUUUCUAAUAAAGGGGCUACAUCUGAGGGAUGGAUGGUUGGUCAUCAAUCUUCUGAUCAAACCGGUCAGCCAUUUCAGCAAAUGGGAAAUCAUUAUAAUCCUCAGAGUCACAGCCUUUCUCAAUUUCAACCUUAUCCACCUCUCCCUCAGACACCUAACCAGCUUGCACCACAGGCCACGGGAACCACUCAAAUCCAAGAAGCUGCUGUCAGUCUGCCACAGCAGCAGCAGCAGCAGCAGCAGCAGUUACCUAUUCCUUACAGGCCUUUAUCUACGUAUUCUGCCCCUCCUGAAAAUGCACAAGCUUCUGGUCUGCCCUUGGUCAAUCCUCAGUAUCAUCAUGAUAAUUCGCAAAUUAGCCAGAGAGGUUAUGGGUCGGUCAAUGGAGUUGACACAUCUGGCUAUGGUGCACCAGUUAUGCAGCAAUCAGCAAAUACUGUGACCUUAUCUAAUCAAGGUCAGGGUUCUAUGACACAGUCACAACCUAUUACUCAAUUAGCAUCUGAUAGGGUGAAUUCCGAGCCUCCUUAUCAGAUGCAGCAUUUGCAAUCUGCAAACCUUGGCACUGGCACUGGGAGCAGUGAUGCUGAGGCAGGCAAGGACCAGAGAUAUCGAUCUACACUCCAAUUUGCUGCCAAUUUACUCCUCCAGAUUCAGCAGCAGCAGCAGCAGAAGCAAGCAGGCUGGGGUUCAGGAAAUCAAUAAUGAGCUGCCCCUUGCUUAGGUAAUCCCUCAUACUUUACUUUUAUUCUUUGAUGGCCUAGCUCUUUUAGUAGAUAUUUGCAUGAGCUCUGAUUGGUUUAUGAUUUUCUAUUUAAAUGCAAGUUUCUGUUGUUGGCUGAAAUAGAGUAUGUUUUAAUUCGUAUGACUUCGGGUUCUUUAGCAUCUUUUAUUAUAGCUGGUAUAUGAUACAUGAUCCACUGCUUUAACUUUGUGUGUAGGUUGUUUAAAAGUUGUGCUAGUGUUUAGGAUUUUAAUUAGGUGUUAUUGUUGUCAUUCUGAAGUUGCUGACUAAAGAGUUUAGAAUGACAUUGCUGAUUGAAGAGUUUCGUGCAUGAUCUAAUUAUCUUCAUCGAGGUCAUUUCUUCCUCCUAGGCAUUUGUUUAGGAAUUUUGGGGGUAUCUAACUUCUCUCAUUUUGUGCUUUUCAAUAUAGACUUAGGUGUGGAACUUUUUAUGGAACAAAAUAAAACUAGUCAGUAGGUGACGGGAGUGAUAAGAAAGCUCUCCAAGUUCUCCUUCUAGAUACAAGAAAUAGCUAAAUCCUGAAUUUGGAACAAAUUCCAAGAUGUACAAGUUCCUACCACCACCUAGGAAAUUGACUUAUGUAAUCAUAAAAACUUUUAGAUUUUAGUUUCCAUGCUUCUGGAAAUUUCAUUCAGCAAGUAGUAGGGAGAUUGAUUGAUGGUUUGUUCAUUGUUGCUCUAUGGUUUUUGGAGGUCAUUUUUGGAUGUGUGUUUCCUUAUUUUCUUAUACAUAUUUAAAAUUUUAAAAUCUAAUCUGGAUUUCGUGAACUGAUUUUAGAAAUUAGCAAAUAAACCCACAAUGUUGUUACUAAAAGUACUUGGGCCCCAUUUGAUAACCAUUUGGUUUUUCAAAAUUGAGCUUAAAAAUUCUGCCUUCAUGUAUUGAUUUCUUGGGUUUGUUAUCUACUUUUGUAUUUUUAAAAUCCAAGCCAAAUUUUGAAAAAAAAGAAAAAAGAAAAAAGUACUUAAAAACAUGUCUUUUUUUUUUUUUUUUUUUUUUUUGGAAUUUAGCUAAUGGUUCAAUAUUUUCUUAGGAAAGAUGAAAACCGAAUUUUUAAAAAUCAAAUGGUUUUCAAACGAGGCUUUAGUUUUGAGUUUAUAAACAUUACUUCUGUCUAGGAGUUUCUUUGUUUAGUUAUCUACAUUUUAAAGAUGUUUUAAAAAUCUAUUCCAAGUUUUGAAAGCUAAAAAAAUUACUUUUUAUUUUUGUUUUUGGAAUUUGGCUUAGAAUUUAAAUCUUUUCUUAGGAAAGAUAAAAAUCAUGUAAAGAGAUGUAUGACAAAAAAAACUAUAAUUUAAAAAAAAUCUAAGAGUUAAGCAGAUGGGCUUAGUUUCUUUAAAAGCAGAGAAAUGACAUAGAAAGUGGUUAAUGAAACGAGCUCUGGUCAACUGGGUUGGUUGAGUUAAAUCAGAUGUCAACGGAUUGAAGCUGGUGGCAAUGACAUAAUCUUUAGAUUCAGUGUGAUAAUUGAAGUUUAGGAACCGGUAGAUGGUUAAGUAAUUUGAUUUCAUAGAAGUCCAUUCCGUUGUGCAUAUAAUGAAUCAUAAUAUCACAACCGCCUCCUCUUAUUCUUUGGGAUAUAUGUUAUUAAUUCUCUCUUGAAGGCAUCUUGAUUAGUAUCAUGCAUUCAUAUCUUUAUUGGCCAUGUCUGACACGCUUAGUUUUACUUAUUUGUGGCCUAUUAGCUAUUUUGCUGUGAAAACUUUUGCCUAGUUUGUUAGCAUCUGUAAAACUUUAUGUAAGCAGGAUUUUGUUUGGAGGGUAGUAAAAUGUUUAGUCUUGUACAAUACUUUUAAUGUGUAGCUGACAUUCUUUUCCAUUACCUUUAUGAACUAUGAUCCAAAAUGCAUACAAAUGAAACAAAAAAGUAUUUAAAUACC